AACAGGUCACAGAGAUGAAAAUCUAGACACAGGAGCACAUAGAGAACUUGUACAGAAUAUUCAGCCAGUGGAGACCCCAUCAGACGUCUCUGCAGAUCUAACAGGUCACAGUGAUGAAAAUCUAUACACAGGAGCACAAGGAGACCUACAGAAUAUUCAGCCAUCAGAUGUAUCUGCAAAUGACAUUAAUACUGACGUAGAUGUUAAAGCAGAAGAUCUGAGUGUAACGUGUCAGCUGGCAAUUAAGGAAAUGUGUGACAGUGACAAUGAAGGUAAAAACGAUGCUAAGAUUUCAUGUAACAAGGGACAAACAAAAGAUCAGUGGCUAAGAAAUGUCCAACCAUCAGAGCAGGAAAUGUGUGCCAAUAUAAGUACAGGUGAAUUUACAAACUGCAAUAAUCCUAGUCAUGAUCAGAGUCCAAAUGCUUCUUUAAAUCUUCAAAAUCAAAGAAGCCACAUGGGAAAUUUAUGUACUGAAUGUGGGAAAUGUUUUCUUAAGAAAUCACAUCUUCUUAAACAUCUAAAAAUUCAUACAGGAAAAAAGCAAUUUUCCUGUCCUAUAUGUGGGAAAUGUUUUAACUGUAAAAACAUUCUUGUUGCUCAUCAGAAAAUUCAUACAGGGGAGAAAGGAUUUUCAUGUUCUGACUGUGGAAAAUGUUUUACUCGGAAAUCAACUCUUCUUAUGCAUCAACAAAUUCAUACAGGGAAGAAAGCAUUUUCAUGUUCUGACUGUGGAAAAUGUUUUACUCGGAAAUCAACUCUUCUUAUGCAUCAACAAAUUCAUACAGGGAAGAAAGCAUUUUCAUGUUCUGACUGUGGAAAAUGUUUUACUCGGAAAUCAACUCUUCUUAUGCAUCAACUAAUUCAUACAGGGGAGAAAGCAUUUUCAUGUUCUGACUGUGGAAAAUGUUUUAUCCUGAAAUCGCAUCUUAUUAGGCAUCAGAAAAUUCAUACAGGGGAGAAAGCAUUUUCAUGUUCUGACUGUGGGAAAUGUUUUACUCAGAAAUCACAUCUCAUUACACAUCAGAACAUUCAUACAGGGGUGAAAGGAUUUUCAUGUUCUGACUGUGGAAAAUAUUUUACUCUGAAAUCACAUCUUAGUAGGCAUCAGAAAAUUCAUACAGGGGAGAAAGCAUUUUCAUGUUCUGACUGUGGGAAAUGUUUUACUCAGAAAUCAAAUCUCAUUACACAUCAGAAAAUUCAUACAGGGGUGAAAGGAUUUUCAUGUUCUGACUGUGGAAAAUGUUUUACUCGGAAAUCAACUCUUCUUAUGCAUCAACAAAUUCAUACAGGGAAGAAAGCAUUUUCAUGUUCUGACUGUGGGAAAUGUUUUACUGUGAAAUCAGCUCUUAUUAUGCAUCAGAAAACUCAUACAGGGGAGAAAGCAUUUUCAUGUUGUGACUGUGGGAAAUGUUUUACUCUGAAACAAACUCUUAUUAGGCAUCAAACAAUUCAUACAGGGGAGAAAGCAUUUUCAUGUUCUGACUGUGGGAAAUGUUUUACUCUGAAAUCACAUCUUAUUAGGCAUCAGAAAAUUCAUACAGGGGAGAACGCAUUUUCAUGUUCUGACUGUGGGAAAUGUUUUACUCUGAAAUCACAUCUUCUUAGCCAUCAGAAAACGCAUACAGGAGAAAAAGCAUUUUUGUGUUCUGACUGUGGAAAAUGUUUUACUCGGAAAUCAACUCUUCUUAUUCAUCAAAAAAUUCAUACUGGGGAAAAAGGAUUUACAUGUUCUAAAUGUGGAAAAUGUUUUAUCCUGAAAUCACAUCUUAUUAGGCAUCAGAAAACUCAUAUUAAAAGAAAUCAGAGUUUAACCUUCUAACUGAAGAGGAAUAAUAUGGUAGUUGUCACCCACACAAUACCAAGUGCUGAUGACUGCAUGUGACCCCCUGGGGCCUGCAGUUUUGGAGCUGUUUGAGGUCCCUUCUGCAAGCAUUUAUGAGGUGACCCCAGGGAUGAUUUGAUUUAAAAAUUAUGAUUUAAAUCACUAGUCUGUAAGACCAAUUUAGAUCAUGGUUUUCAUGUUUAGAAUGUUUUCAGAUUAUUUGUUUAUAGUUAUACCAGGCUAUUACUAAAUUGGUUAUAUAUCAUUAGAUAUGCAUAGAUAGAUCAUUGAAAUGAAUGAAAUUAGUUGGAGGUGAAUUAUCUCCAGUUUAAUUGGUUAAUCAUUCACAUUUUAUCAACUUUUCACCUGUACUUUAUUGGAAGUAGGAAAAUUAUUACAUUAAUAACAAUAUAAAUAGUUUUAUUUUACUAAAACAAUAACAUUAUUUUUCAUUUUUAAUGCUUGGCCCUCCCUCCUCACACUUAGGUCCUUGUGCAGAUCUAUUCCACUCCAAACAAUCUUCUAUUCAGUGAGCUUCUUGAAACUUAAUAUGGGUUAAUUAUGUGUAUAUAGAUUUGCAGGGGAGCAAUGGCAUUAAAGGAAAGUGAAGUCAAAAUUAAAGUUUCAUGAUUCAGAAAGAACAUGAAUUUUUAACAAUUUUCCAAUUGACUUCUCUUAUCUAAUUUGCUUUGUUCCUUAGGUAUCCAUUGUUAAAAAGCCUGCAUAGGUAGGCUCACUAAAAUGCAGUGCACUACUGUGAGCUAGCUGCUUGUCACAGUCUCACCCAUUGUAUUCAGAUAGUCCCCAGUAGAGCAUUGCUCUCCUUCAACAAAAGAUUCCAAGAGAAUGAAGCAAAUAUCAUAAUAUAAGUAAAUCUAAAAAUGUUAUGUUCUAUCUAAAACCCAAAAGUUAUCUUUCAUGAUUAUGUCCCUUUAAGGUCUAUUUAUCAACUCUGUAUGUUUAUUUUUUUAGAACAUUUUGCUGUGCAUGUUAUUUCUGCAGACACAAGUUCCCAGGACGAGAACUACAGAAUGAAUCAUGUGAUAAUAUCAUUAAGAUUAAAAAAUUCUCCAAAAUAAUCUGACAGAAACCUUUUGGAGAGCAUGAUAUUGUGAAUAGAUUAAUGGAAUUAAUUAAUAAAAACAUUACAGUAAUGAAUAAACAGCAUCUUGCUAUAUAAUUAAAAACUAAUCUAUAUUU